AUGUACCGACAGGAAGCGUGGAAGCCGGAGAAGAAGUCGAACUUUGCUGCAGAAAUCAUCUCCUUUACUGCUAAGUACCAUUCGAGUAAUGCCGGGCCUGAAGUAGGGACGCCUGGGUUGAAGUCUGUGUGUCUGCUUCCGGGCGAUGAACGCAUCGUCCGGGGACAGAAUAGCUUGGCGGAAAACAUUGGAAAUGGGGGCUUGAUUGGUGACUACGCCCCGUCGUUGGACAUCGGCAAGAAGUUCUACAAGUUGGGGGAGAUCUCUCUCGUUUGGCACGCUCAGGUCACAAGCGAUGUACGCUUUGGGUGCUGGGGUGAUAUGAAUGCCUAG